AGUGAUCGAUGUCAUUAGCCAAUCAGGUUCGAGAGAAAGAGAGAAACAAGAUCAAGUUGGUUGUUACCGACUGAAGUUGUUGAGAGUCAUUUGUAAAGAGUUGUCAAGUUGCGAAUACGUUCUUCAUGGCUCAUAAAGAUCGUUUUACCGUUAUAUCUGUACUUAUGAUCAAAAAGACCCACGAUAAAUAUAAAUAAUUAAAUAAGGUGAAAAAAAGAAAGAAAAAGAGAGGCAAUCGUUGGCUUGAAUUUCUUAAUUAGGGAUUAUUAACUGUAAGCACCUUAACGGAGAUUAGCAUGACGUUCGCCGCGAUUUAGUUUCGUACGAUAACGGAUACAGUGGCGGGAACGUGACAAAUCGAUCAAAGAGUGUGACGUAGUAAGUCUCUUACACUUUCGUGUAAAAGAUCAAUCUGGAAGUAUUUUUCAGUGUACAAAUUCAGAAAAAACUGAUAAACGAAUCACAUGUUUGGCAUCUUAGUGUUGACGUAAGAAGACAUAUUUUAAUAUAGUACGUAAGAAAACCUUGUUUAGCCAAUUAUUUUGGGUCCUUGACAAAGAUAUAUUGAAUUUGAAAACUUUGUAAGAGUCUUCGUCGUUAUUGGAUCGAUCGAGAGAAAGGAUAAAUAAAAGAGAGAAAGACGAAAAGAAGAAGAAGAAAUUUACAGCAAAGAAGGCAACGACUGUUGGUUUCACUAAUGUUGUAUCAGAAGGUCGACAGAGCUCGAGAAGAUUAUAAAUCAAAACUACCGCGAUAGCAAGGGUCGUGGACCGGGGUCAUCCAGUGGUCGAAUGUUGAGUUCAUUAACAGUAGUAGAGAUCAAUCCUCCUAACCGAAAAUUAUUGGCUAUUCAAAGCUAAAAAUUGAUCAAUUAUGAUCAUAGGCAUUGUUUGAUUCGUUUAACCAAUUACACUGUUGAUUAUUUCACUCAACGACGAAGAAAUUUUUAAUAUCGAGGACCUGUUCGAUGUCCAUUUUUUCUCCCUACGGCUUCCAAAGAGGACGGGGAAGUUCUAUAAAUGGAAGGCAGAGGAAUGAAUCCUCCUCGACUCGUUAUCGAAGGCAAAAAAACGGACAAUCGUAUGUUUCGAAAGCUGAUAAAGAGGAUGCAACAUGUUAUAGUAUGGGAAUUGACAUCGAUCAAUUCGAGGUAGCGACUCAAAAAGAGAUCCUGGAAGAAGAUCCGAUCUUGCAAGAAUUUGCUGCUGGUGAUUCCUACGAUGUGAGUAGCUUCGAAGACGAUGGAAGAUUAAAAACCGUCGAGUCUGAGGGCGAAGACGACGACGAACACCAUCACGAACACUUAGGAAUGUCUUCGAGUUCUUCCGAUAAAUUGCAAAUCCUUUGGGAUCACUUCAUCCACGCCGAACCACUGAGUUAUGAGAAAUCAUCCUGGCUCGAUAUAUUCCUGGCAGAAUUGCUUGCUCAAGUGAAGGAAGGUAGAGAUGUCAAAGAUGUGGUAUCUUUUUGUUCAAUCGGCGGCGGUGGCGGAGUUUCUACACUCGUGGCAUGCGAAUUACUCUCGGACGUACACGAACUCUGUGCGAAAAAAAGCGAAGGUGGUGAAUUGGUCGGGCUAAGAAAAUAUUUAGCUCGAGAUCGUGGCUGGCGUUGUUUAGCGGUCUUACAUUUAUUGGGUGUACGUGGAUUAUCGUGCGGUCGCGAGCUCGUUGCAUUGUUAGUAGCUUUAUAUCCGGUUGCUCUUCAAGAAGAUAAUUCAUCAGAUAAGUCGAGGGAAUCAUCUACUCACAAUCCUUAUAUCAAGUUUUAUUGUAACGACGACACAGUUGAUACAGUAAUCAUAGUACCUCACGCUAAACGAAAAAACGUCAAAUCAACUCGUUGCGUGUCAAAUUACGAAGGCAAUGCAAAAACAUCGAGAAGAAAAAGCAGUAGCCGGAAGCAAAGCAUCGGCAUUAGAAUGGCAUCUUACAAUAAAAAACAAAAAUCUUUGGGAACCGAAACGAAACGCAACAACGCGCCGGACAACGAGAGUAGCGGAUCGGAAUUUCUGACAGACGGUAUCGAUCAGGCACGUUCAUUGACCCUAAAAAUACGUUUAAAUCCGAUGGAUUUUGAAUACUUUACAUCGGUGGUCAGAAGCGACGAAGAACAGAAAUGGCAGACUGCUUUGUACGAGUUACCCACACGACCAGCGAAGAAAAUUCCUUUGGAUUACGUAGAUGAUAGAAUCAAGGAAGUAUUGAAUGCGACGAUCAGUAAUUUUGAAAUUAGUCUCUUGAUCAUACAAUUGCUUCAAGGAUUAAGAGAUUAUGAUACACCUGCCGAACAAACACCAGCCGUGCAAGUGUUAAAAUUUGCUUUGGAUACUCUCUGGUCUUUACAAUUUGGUAUCGAUGGGACUGCUCUCACUAGGAUCGAAUGCGCUACUUUAAAAGCCGCUGCUGCAAGAUUGAUGUUGAUGGCUUUAGAGCGUGUUCUCCGAGCUGAUGAACCUACAACUGCUGUAAUACACAAUGGAUUGUUACCUAUGACCCUCAGAUUACUCGAAGAUGCUUGCAUCAAAUCAAUUGGUAGUGAUAUAUCACCAGACGAAGGCUCUUUAUUUCAAGAAUUUAUUUUUGCAACUAUAUAUGGUAUCAUCACUUUUCUCUAUUGCCUGUUACAUCAGCGAAGUGCAAAUGCUGACAAGUUAUCAGACUUUUUUGAACUUUUUGGUUUAUUUGCUCAAAGCCAAGACGGUAAACUCAUCGAGAAGACCAUCUUAGCGAUCGUUGGCUUACCGAGUGCAGAUCCAACAAGGUCUGUUCAUCGUGUCAAGAAAGUCAUCGAUAUGAUCGGUGCCUUAACGAGUGGUUUGAAAAGAGUUCGACGAGAUAUCGCUCACGUGAGCCUAUGCCACCGAACCAAACACAAAUCAUGCGUCGAUAACGUUCAAUCACAUCAUCAUUUUGAUGUUUUUGGAUUACCUUACACCGAAUCGAUCGUUGGGGUCUCGAUCCUUGAACAAGCUUGUUGCGUGUCCUCUCUCUUCAUGACUCUAACCAAUCUUUUGAAGGAAUCUCAUGCCUAUGUAGCAGAACUACGAAUCAGAUUACUAAAAGUGACAACGGCUGCUGGUACCUGUUGUUGUUUUUCACCAAAAAUCCUUCUCUCGAGUAUCGUCAUUUUUCUGAAGAAACGUGAUUCCUUGACUUACAGUCCAGCUGUUGCUUUCCUUGAACGAACUCUCUUUAAAGAACUUGGUGCUUAUCCGGUGAUUAAUAAUUGUCUAACUUGCCACAGGCCACCUAAUUAUUCUUGGGAAUUCUUGGAAAUGUAUAAUGAAUUGCUUACACCUGACGAUUCAAAAUUGUCAUACGUCGUAAUUGCACACUUGCUCAAAGUCACACCAACUUCGAAAUUUCAAGUCAGGCAGGAACUUCUCGUUCGUGUUUUUUAUCCAACAUUUUUGAGAGCCAAAUCUUAUUACAAUAAUGACAAGGAAUGUGUCGCUGCUAAAUUUCUCAUUCUUUCUUGCUUAUCCGUAAUGUCGAAUCUAAUAGGAAACAUGCAAAUGUGGGAAAACUUCAUCGAGAUGGAUGGAUUGAAAGAAGUAUUGGUUUUAUUACCGGACGUAACGUUUACUAGAAGUGUUUAUGUUCUUCUAGAAGUGGCGGUAAUCAUGGAAAUUUGGAAUUCGAAUUGCCAUGAAAAUGAUACUCUCGGAAAAACCGAAAAUAUGGCAUUAAAAUCUUUGUUUGAAUUUCUCGAGAAUGAGACGACCAAUUUAUUGAAUGUAUUAAAACAAUUUGAAACAAAGCGGAUAAAGGAAAGGUCAGAGGAAUCACGUGGAAAUGAAAAUACUCACGAGCCGACAAAAGUGAACGUGGAAAGUGAAGAAAUAGAAAUAAUUGUACCAUUGGAAGAUUUCACCCUGAAUGUUCUUAAGAUAGAAAAUCAAUCCUGUAAAAAUGACGAUAACAACUCUCAAACAAAAUUACUAAAUAAUUCAGAAACUAUGAAAAUAACAGAAACAUCAGACUCAGUGUUAAUAGCCACCGAUAAAGAGAUCAAUUUACAUCAAGCAAGUGCAGUAUGGAGAGCAACGGCUGGAGUUGCAUUAUGCAGUCCUAAUUUUCGUCUAGAAUUAUCUUCACAUUCAAUAGCUGAUAAAGUUUUACAAUUAUUUACAUCAUUAGCUAUUAACGUUGCUACUGAUAACAUACAAGAUACCAAUAAAUCAGCAUAUAAGUUGUUUGAAGCUUUAAUGACUUGCUGCUUAAUAUGCUCGUUGUGCGGAUGCGACGUAGCGAUGGAGUUGAGAAAAGUAUUAAUGCAAACAGGAGUUAGACUUGGUCGCGGAAUAGCAACCAUUAUUGAGGCAUUGCUUAAGGUUUCCAUGUUAAAACCUGCUCAUGAGCAGACUAUUCCACAACAGCCUCGUGCUAGGUUACCUACUAUGAAUUUGGAUACUUUGCCAGAUUAUGGUGGUGACGAUAGUAGCACUGGAGAAUAUGUAACUGCCGAUGAUGGUUACGAAGCAGAUAUUGAAGUACCAGGAAAAAGUUCUCGUUCUAAUGUAACAAAAAAAAGUGGAUCUAUAGGACCUGUUGUUGAACCACGGGGUCAUGCAAAUGCACAUCCAGCUUUGUGCUCAUUAGCGAUAGAUUUACUUAUUCAUUUCAGUAAGCAAAAUUUGGAUGAUGAAAAAAUAUCAAUAAUAACUAAUGGAUUAAGAAAAUUAGCAAUUACGUGCAGAGAAAGCGUUUCAAGUUGUGCUGCCCUUGCGGGAUCAGGUGUAAUUACGAAAAUGUUAAAUGGAUUUACUGACAUAUUUACUAGCCAUAAUCCUCAGUAUCAAGAUCUACAACAUGCCGCAUUGGAAGUAUUCACGCUUCUAGCAACACAAGCAAUUUCAUCCACGGAGCUAGAUACAUAUUUGUCUUUUUUCAAAGUUAAAAAUCCUCCAAUGUCUUUGCUACUAGAACCAUUAUAUCAUCUAGUCAUGACAGCACAACCUCAACCAAAUUUUAUUCUAUCGUUUCCUAUUGAAUGCGAUACGCAAAUGAUAUUAAAAUCUCAAUCAGAUGAAAAUAAAACUUUUGAAAAAGCUGAGAACUUAGUAAAUAAUUUUAAACAGAAACAUUUUAAUACGGGAAUUUGUAGUCCUUGGUCUGUACAUGCAAUAUGUCUACCAAUUGGCCCUGAGCUUUCAUGGUCAGUGUGGUUGCUUGGUUGCUCUGCAUCUAUGUGGUUACGAGUGGAAAGAGGAUUACCUUUUAAUAAUAGAGGAACAGUUAUGAGCACAGCACCGUUACUCCAUACCAAUAGUGAAAGCUUAUCUGAUUGGGGUAUCCUUUCAGAUAAUUGGAGUCGAGAAGACCAAAAAACGUUUGAUCUUUCAUUGGAAACACCAGCAGUAGCAGGUUCAUCAUCACCACCCACACCAGCUAGCAUUAUACACUUGAUGUCGAUUGGAUUUGAAUAUUUGGUAUUAGAAAUAUGGCUCGACUUUAGAUCAGAUAAAUUAAUUUUGCGAUUAACUCGGCCAGAUGAUAAAACAAAUCGAACUGUUUCUGAAACUUCCGUAAGCGACAUGCUUCCUUCAGGACGUUGGCAUCAUUUAGCCAUAAAUUUCAAAGAUAUUAUUUUAAAUAAACGCAGUGCCGUCAUAGAUGUUGUUAUUUGGAUAGACGGUUGGAAAGAAAUUAAUGCCCAAUUACCCUUUGAUGGUAUUCUAAUAAGAAAACCAGGCACUACAUGUAUUUUACUUGGUCAAAUCGGGUCAAGCAGUAUUGGUGCUUGGUAUUUAGGGAAUCUAAUGGUUUUUAGAUACCCAGUUUUUACCAAAGAAAGAGCUUUAUAUCUUGCCAGUCUUGGGCCAAAUUUUACGAACCUUGCGGAUUGUAUUUUAAACAUGGCCAAGCCUGAUUUUGCACCUUUAAUCACAUCUGGAGCGUUGAGCGAUGUUCGCGAAGUCAAAUUUGAAGGAGGUAAAUUCGAUACGAGUAGACGAAAAUCUUACGGCGGUACAUAUUUAAGACGUGCAAUUGAAACGAAAGUAUUAGAAAAUAAAAUUGAUUGGGAAUCGGUCAUGGAUGCGACUAACUCACAAUUAGGAGAGUUGCAAGAUGCUUUACUUCUAAAUUAUGAAGCUCAAAAUCCCAAUAUCGUUCAUUUAUAUCCUCAAGCCAUAGCUAAUCCUGCAGUUGUAAGAAACUUGUUUCCUGGUCACCCUGGAUUUAGAGUCGUAUCUGCACCCGAACACAGAGUAUCUCAACAGCCACCACUAUCAAUAGCACCUAUUGUGACAACUCGUUUGGAAUGUCAGCAAUACAGAGGUCUAAUAUCAGCAGCAAGUUUAACGGGUGGUGUACCAAUAUUCCUAUUUUUGUUUGCAAGAGUAGUUGAAUUAGAUUCUACCGAAGAGGAACAAGCAUUAGCAUUUUCGAUAGUCUUGCAUUUAACACGAAGUGACUCAGAAUUAUUAAAUCAAUAUCGUGCCGAAGGUGGAACGUCGUUACUUUUACGCGUUUUAGAAUCACCACGCUGCCACGCAGGUAGACAUAUGUUAAAAGCAAUGUUAGAUGCGGCCUGCGAUAGUUCGAUUCUGAUCAAAGACAUCGGUAGCGGUAAUCCUAUUAUUUCACAAAAUUGUGAAGCUGUGAUUACUGAUCCUGAACUUGUAAAAGGUGCCUUGACUGCUUGGAGAACGUGGGUUAAAUCUGACACGUUAAAUUUAUUAUUACAAGCGAUAUUACUUUUAUUAAGGGAUCAACAUUCUCAACGUGAAUUCAAUGCCUUUCAAUUAAAUAGAGUUGGAAUCGUAGAUACCAUAUUAAUGUUAUGCAAGGAGCAUUUCAUGUACGAAGAUCUAGGUGCAACGUUAGAAUCUUCUACUGGAAAUAUAGUGGUAGAAUUAAUUCGAGCAUUAAUGGGUGCUCCACCAGAAUUUGAACACUUAGUUGCUAUCACUGAUUACUUAGUUCUCGUUCAUCAAGCUUCAGAGACUUAUAUAACACAUUCUAGACAUAAUAUUUAUUUCUUAUUACCCCCUCUGACAGAAGGAAAAGUUAAUAUACGAAAAUAUUUCACAGCAGCGAAUAGUAGUUCUUCCGAAGAAUCUAUAGGAAUAUUGGAGAAUAGCAAGUUGAACAAAGCUUUAACAAACGUACAGAUACAAAAAAGUAAAACAACUAAAAGAACAGAACGUAGAAAUGAUCAAUCUAAAGAUAAUAGUACUGAAGAAGACUCUGGAAUUGCAGCUAGCGAUGGUUCCAAUGAAAAACAAUCAACAAACGUAGAUGAAAGAAAAGCUUGUCAAGGUUUAGUCUGUGAAGGCCUAUUAUUAUUAUUAAGAGAUGCUGUAAGAGUAUUACCUGAUAGUCAAGUUGGUUCUGUACUAAAACAUGUCUUACGUGCAGAGGUUUUACUUGUCCUUGCCAAUAAUCCUGAUGCAAGAGUUCGUACAGCAUUAAUAAAGGUUAUACAAACGUACCUCCAAAGAGCUAGCGAUGAAGAAGUGAAUAAGUUUAUAAAGCAAAAAUAUUUUAUGCAUUUAGCAAACCAAAUAUCGCUUUAUCCAGGGAGUGAGUUUCUCAUUACUGCUUUACAAAAUCUUGCUUUAAGAGGACCAACAUUAGCAGCAAUGCCACCAUUAAUAGCAAUGAUAGCAAAAACUGCUGCUACUGAAUCAAAUAUAGCACAUCCUAUAAUAUUAUUUAUAACAGAUGUUAUAGCAAAGAAUUCAAAUGCUUUAAGAAUAAUCUUAGAGCAAGGUCUCAUAGAAUGCUUGGUGCAAGCCUUAGUUGUUGCAGCGCAUAAAGCUAACUCAAUGUCGCUAGACCAUGACAUCCAUGUAUUACUUGUGGCAAUUGCUGCUAAGUUAUUGGAAUCGCCAGGAAAUCAUCAAAUGCAAGCUGUAUUAGAAUUACAUCUUAUAUUAAAUCACAUGGAACUUAAAGAAAGAUCUGAAUGUAACAAAUGUGCUAUGUGUAUACCUGCUAUCAGAGAUGCACAAGUUGCAUUAUUCGACGGUGAACUCGAUGCAUUAACAGAGAAAGUUUCUACACAUUCUGGAUUUAGAUUACGUAGUACGACUUCUUAUCUCGCUUCUGCAUCUUAUUUAACAACAGUUCUUACAACAUCGAGCGAACAGAGCGAUCACGGCUCUCGAUCAUCCAGUUACGGAAGUUUACAUGGAACUUCUACUUCUGUUAUACGAGAAACAGGAAAAGGAGAAUUAUACGAUCGUUUCCGUAUGAUUUUAACUCGAGCUGUUGAAUUCGUAACUACAGCGGAUGAACCACCAUCAGGAGAUGAAUUGCAAUUAUCUAGAAGAUUAUUUUCAAUUCUUUUACAUGGAUUAUGUGACCCAUUGGAAAGAAAAAGUCAUUGGAGUAGCGCGUGGUUUACUAGACCUGCUUUGAGAAAAUAUACAGCAAAACUUAUGGUAUGGUUACUUGGACCACACCAAAGUAAUAAUAUUAGAAUUUAUGCAAUAAGAUCUCUAAUGGAAGAACCAAAGGCUCAUGAAAUUUUGAUAUCGCUUCUUGAGGUUCAUCCACAGGUAGAGCAAAGAUUCACUGUCUUCUUUUGGGAUUUAUUACAAAAAGAUGAAAUGUCAAGCGCAGAUGCUAGAAUGUGUGGCGAAUUUAGAGAAGCUCUUCGUAUAUGGGAUCUUUCAAAAAGUAUUGAUCAAGCAUCUCCAGGAAUAUGGAAUGAAGAAUUAGCUUUACUACGACGUGAAUUAAUGAGGGAUAGAGAUAUAUGGAUUGAUACAAAUCUUCCAGCCAUAUACAGAAUCAGUAAUAGAUUUGAUGGAUUAGCCAAACAAUUAACUGAAAGUGCCAUGGCCAUAACUCGUAUUGUAGUAGAAGAACAAAACCGAGAACGUAAAGUAUUAAUGGAACGAUUAAAACAUGCAAGAGCCAUGGAAGCUCAAGCAGUUGCAAAAUGGAGAGAUUUGGCUAAACGAUUGACGCACGAGAGAGCACUUUGGCAUUUUCCCGAAAGUUAUCCACGUAGUUGGGAAUUAGAUCCAACAGAAGGGCCUGCCAGAGUUAGAAUCCGUUUACAAAGAUGUCAUUUAGAUAUCGAUGCAAGAUUCUUUUUGGCAGAGCAUAAGGAUAAAUUAGAAGUGUCUAAAAUCGAGGCACCUUUGUCAUAUUUAUUUUUAACAAACCGUCAAGAUGUUAAUGCAUCCACUUUAAUUGAACGUUUACAUACCAGUGAAAGAAUACGUAAAAUGUCUCAAGCCAAAGUUGUUACUCCAAGAGCAGAAUUAUCAGGUGAAGUAUUAAUUGGAGAAACAUGUCUCUAUUUUGUUCCCGAUAAUCCUGAUGUACCAUUACACACAGAUAUAGCCUUAGGAGGUUUGGAUUUAGCCAUGGCUGGUGGUACAGCUUGGCGAUUAGAAGACAUUCGUGAGUUACAUAAAAGAAGAUACCAAUUACAAGAAAGGGCUAUUGAAAUAUUUCUCAUCACCGGGAGAACCUAUUUAUUAGCAUUUAAUUCUUCCAAGGAAAGAGAUGAAUUUGCAACAGAAUUAUCUAUUUGCAAUUUACCAAGACGUGUUCCUGGUGAUGAUUUAGGAGAAGCUAUUGCGUUAUGGAGAAGUGGCGCAUUAACAAAUUGGGAAUACAUAAUUUGUUUAAAUAAACUUGCUGGACGUUCUUACAAUGAUCUCAUGCAAUACCCUGUAUUUCCGUUCGUGUUAGCAGAUUAUAUUAAUGAUAAAAUUGAUCUAAAUAAUCCAAAAAUUUAUCGAAAUUUUAAACGACCUAUGGCUGUGCAAGAUAAAAAGAAUGAACAACAUUAUAUAAAUAAUUACAAUUAUUUAAAACAAACUCUAUCAGAAGGUUUAAAUUUAAUUGCCUUAAAUCAAGAACCAUUCCACUAUGGAUCUCAUUAUAGUAACUCGGGCACAGUUUUACACUUUUUAGUAAGAUUACCGCCCUUCACCAGCAUGUUUUUAUGUUAUCAAGAUAAUAACUUUGACAUUCCUGAUAGAACAUUUCACGCAUUAGCAACUACAUGGAGAUUAACUAGCUGCGAUUCAACCACUGAUGUUAAAGAAUUAAUACCAGAGUUUUUCUAUUUACCAGAAUUUUUAUUAAACUUUGAAGGAUUUAAUUUUGGUGUACGACAAAAUGGUAAUAGAGUUGGCGAUGUUGAAUUACCUAAAUGGUGUGCGGGUGAUGCUCGCUUGUUCAUAUUAGCACAUAGAGCUGCGCUCGAAACAGACAUAGUAAGGGAAGUUUUACCAUACUGGAUUGAUCUCGUGUUUGGUUUUAGACAAACAGGACGACCAGCAGUGGAAGCAAUUAACGUUUUUCAUCCAGCUACAUAUUAUGGAUUCAAUGUAGAACAAAUAGCUGAUCCUCUAGAACGUCAGGCAUGGGAAACAAUGGUACGGACAUAUGGACAAACACCAGCACAGUUGUUUAGAACUGCACAUCCGUUACCAAAUCAAAAUCUUGGUACAGUAGUAAAUUCUACUUCUAUGCUGCAAGUUAUUGAAGGCGUCGAAGGUAUUAAAUGGGGGAAUUAUGUAGGAGCACCUGGAAAUGAGCCUUCACUUUGCUGGAAACAUAAACAUAGAACUUCAUUAUCUUAUCUUAUUCCUUUAGCAACAGGUGAUGUGUUUGGAUUACCUAAUUAUACGACACUUCUCAUAGGAUAUACUAAAGAAAAAGGUACUAGUAUGUUUAGUGGAAUGUCUGUUCUGGGUGCUGCACUUGCAUCAUGGAGUGGAAAUGAUGGAAUAGCAAGACUGAAAUGUAAGAAAGAACAACCUCCCAAACCAUUAAUGAAAUCUUCUGGCCUCGACCCUAUUACAAUUUUAGCAUCUGCUCCCGAUUGUGGCCAAUUAUGGACUGGUUAUUUAUCUGGAAAAAUAACGGUACACACAUAUAACAUUGGAACUAGUGGAAAAAUAGAAUUUAGUUCGGUUCCAGCAUCUGUACUUUUAGCUCAUAGAAGUAGAGUUAUUGCAAUUUCCUUGUCAAGGGCAUUUAGUAUUGCAAUUUCUGGAGAUGGAAAUGGUGUUAUUGUUAUUUGGGAUUUAAAUAACUUAUCAUAUGUAAGGUCGAUAGUCUGUGAUUACAAAUAUGCCAUCCAUCUUUUAUCGAUCAGUGAAACGCUUGGAGACAUAGCAGUAACAUAUGAAAGAUUUAAUAAGACUGAUAAAAAGGACUUGACAGUUCGAUCUGAAUUACGAGUUUAUACUAUAAAUGCCAGAAGUGUAGGUUCUAUUUUAUCUAAAGCUCGAAUAACAGCUCUGUGUUAUAGUAAUGCGCCUGAAGGAGUUUCCGUUAAUGUCGUUGCAACCGGAUUGGAUAAUGGAGUAAUAAGAUUAUGGAGUAGUUGGAACUUACGAUUGGUUCGAGAAAUCAUAAAUACUACGAAAGGAUGUGGAGCUAUAAUUGCCAUAGCUUGGGCUUUGGACCAACACCAUUUAUAUGCAGCUACAGAAGAUUGUACAGUUUUAAUAUGGGAAGGUUCAAAACGUUUGAGCAAUGGAACUCCGAAAUUUGUUAAUUUAACAUCGCUUUAAAAUAAGUAAACAAAAAAAAAUAUAUAUAUAUAGAUAAAUAUAAUCUUCCUAACAAAAAUUUUUUACUUUUAAUAGUUUAAGUAAUUGACGUUAUUUCAUUUUAAAUUUAAGUGCCUAUAAUUAAUGAUUAAUCAAUAUUACAAAGUUUUUCAGGUGUAAUUUUUACAGUAUAAAAGAAUAUCAAACGUUAUGAAACAUUUAUCUAUUUUGAAAGAUAUUUUUAUCUGUCAUAAUGAAUAUUGAGAAAGAGAAUGAACAAUAUACUAAAGUAUUAAUAAAGCAUUUUGUAUACGAUACUUGAUAAUUUUAAUGAUAAACAAAUAAUUAAAAGUAUAUUUUUAUACAUUUAUACCAAGAUUCGAAGUAGAAAAAUAGUAUCGUUUUAUCCUUUUAAUUACUCGUUUAUGAAUGCAUAUUCAUGUUGAUAUUAUCACGUACUUGAUCAAUUAGUAUUUAAUAUAUUGCUUUACCGAUGAUUAGGAAUGUAAUUAUUAUCUACAAUUAUAGUGUAUAUACAAGUGUCUCAAUUAAGAGAAACCGAUACUGAUUAAAAGCUAAAGAUUUAAAAUUUAUAUAUUAUUCUUGUCCAUAAUAUUACAAUAACUUAUAUUUAUAAAUACACGAUCGUAAUAUUUGUAUUAACAUUAAUAGUUAUAAAUUUUAUACACAUGUACAUAAAUGCUUAAUAAAUUUAUAAUGUAAUAUAAGUCUAAAUAUA